GCGCUCGUGCGAAGCAUGUGCUUCACCAAUGUUUUUGGUCACUCCCGACGAGCCCAGGUUGUGCCAAGCACGGAUCGAUCGCCUGAAUGACAUUAAAUUAGAAUGCAGGACUCUGGCUAUCCUGUGAAAGAAAAGGUUGUGACCAGUCUUCUGUAUAAACUGUACUUACAGAUAUUGGGCUGAUUGCUAGCUGAGUAGCUGGAAAGGUCGAAGCGUCAACAAUAGUCAACAACGGCGCUGGUGAUCUUAGCCCGGAAGAACUCAAGAGAACAGAGCUUCGCGAUCAGUGGCAACUAUCGUUCUAGCACUGGAAUUGGUUGUUGUUCUUAAGGCCAAGACACAAAUCGACAUUCUCGAACGAGAAAGACUGUAUAUUAAUAUCCAGCGUGGGCCGGUUUCGAAGUGAUAGUGGCAAGAAGAAGCAACGUCCGCACCAGUCCGACGAGCUGCUCCUGUUCACUAUUAAUAGCUUGCCAAGACCCCUUUGGCAACCCCGAACCUCGAUUUCGCUCGAAAACAAAACUCACAAAACACAUUCACGUACCUCCGCUCCACCUAAGACUGACUACAAAGAUAUAGAUACUGGCUAGUACCAGGUAGCAACAAACGAACGAAGAUUGCCAUGAUGAAGGUGACACACAAUCUGCAACAAAGGGGCGAAAGCCUCCGGCAACCGCCACCGCCACCACAACAUCACAGCAAAGACCAAACCAGCGAAAAAGUCCAAGCCCUGUUUAAGCAGAGAAAGCAGCGGGGAAAAGACGACGAAGCUUCUGAUCCCAAAGAAGGACCUCUGAAGACGCCGUCUCAUGACCCGUCCAACAGUUGCAAAGAAACAUCCUCCAGUGACUCGAUAAACCUGAAGCCCGAACCAGUCUGCAAGUCCUGGACACACCUGACCGAGGGCAUCGUUCAUCGAGGGAUACGAAAGUUUAAUGUUGGACUUGGGACCUACGCGGCGCAGUAUCCCAGACUGUGCAUUCUACUCAUUACGCUCUUUUCCUUUGGGAUCGUCAGUGUUGGCUUCUUCACCAACUUUGUGCUUGUCUUUAGCCAUGAUGACAUCUUCACACCCAUGCAUUCACGGCCCAAGCUGCAUUCGGAUUGGAUCCGAACCAAAAGCAACUUCCCCGAUACCAAUGAUUUCGUCUUUAUCAUUCACGCCAAUGGAGAAGAUGUGAUGAAUGUAGACGCAAUCCGGCGGCUCUUCUUUGCCUUGGAUACCUACCGAAACGGAACCGGCUACAAGGAGAUCUGUGCCCAGUCCCAUUACUUGGAUGUCAUCGACAAUGAGCCGGACUGUUGGAUCUGGUCCGCCACCAACUUUUGGCAUCACAAUGUGACCGAGUUCGAAGAAGCUAUCAACACCGACGAGGAAGUCGUGCGAGCACUGAGUCAAAAGCGCUUUCAGGAUGGUGCGCCCGUGUUUCAAGAAGCGCUCUUUGGCAAGUUCAAGUCGGUGAAUCAGACGUUUGUCUACAACGCCAUUGCCAAUGAGAUUUUCUACUAUCACCACAAGCAAGAAUACCUCACCUAUGUGCCCAACUACGUGGUCAAUAUUGGAAUGCCUGAAAUUGAUGACUCCUACUACUACCAGGAACGGUUGUUGGAUGUGUUCAAUGAGAUUCGAAAUGAAUGGAAACAGCAGACACCGGAAGAGAACCCCCACGGCGUGCAGCUCGAGUUCUUUUGUGGCUAUGCCUACGAACUAGAGUACGCCAGGGCUCUCUACAAGGACUUUUAUCUCGUCCCCGUCAUCUUCUUUGUGAUGCUGGGAUUUACCUGCUUCAUCUUUCACCAGUACGGCUCGCAGCAGGUCAAUGCACCAACCCGGGCCACCAUUGGUUUGGCAUCAGUAGUAACGAUCGGAAUGUCUAUGAUGAGUGGCUUUGGGUUGAUGUUUUGCCUGGGGGUGCCCUUCACCAAUAUCACCUUGAUGGCACCAUUCAUCAUAUUGGGUGUUGGUUUGGAUGACACAUUCAUCAUCACAGGAGCCUACUUUCGAAGGCUAAGCGAAGAGAUACAACUUGACCUUGAUGCGAAGGAACAGUCGUCGGGAGGGUCGGCAACCAAGAAGCAGUUGCAGAAUUCCGGCGACAGCGACGACGACAGCGACGACUCAGUCAUGAACUUAGAGAUAACCACAGCAGGAGGCAAUGUCAGUCCCCUCGAGCAGCUGUGGGACCAUAGCGUUGUGGUGAAUCGAAUUCGUUCGACAUUGGAAGAGGUUGGCAUGAGUAUUGCACUUACGACAAUCACUACCACAACAGCCUUCAUGUUGGGUAUCAUCUCUUCCAUUCCAGGAAUUCGAUGGCUGUGUCUCUAUGCAAGUGUCACGAUCGUGUUCGACUCCUUGUACCAAGUGACGUACUUUGUUGCACUACUUACGUUGGACGAACGAAGGGUGGUCCUUGCCCAAGCAAAGGCGAUGGUGCGACAAGAGCAUCAGGAGCAACAGGAGCAGGCCCCUUCAAUACAACAAGGAUCACGACGAUCUUGCUCGGCGAUAGUCGUGCCGAUGUACAACACUGUGAAAGGGUGGUUUGGGCGGCGGGUCCCACCCAACGAUGACGACGACAGCGACGACAGUCACUGCAAACACGAAGACAAGUCAGCUAGCAACAACGGAAAAUCUAAGAGGGUGUUCAUAGAACGAUUCAUGGCCUGGUAUGCAAGAACGUUGCUGAAGCCUCCUGUGAGGAAUUCGGUGAUCAUCUUCUGCACGGUUUUAAUGCUGGUGUGCGUCUACAGCACGACCCAGUUGAGGCAAAAGUUUGAUCCGCAAGACUAUGUGCCAGACGACAGCUUCACACAGGGCUUCUUUGACAAGCUGUAUGAGUAUGCGGCCUUGGUGCUUACAUUUGAGGUUUACUUUCGGGGAGUUGACCAAUCUGACCCCAAAAUACAACAGCAGAUGAGGGAUUACGUCUUUGAGCUAUCUGCAAUGCCCCAGAUCAAUCAAGAUCCCGAUUUCUGUUGGUUCGUGGACAUGCAGCCAUUUCUGACUGGUGAUAUUACAGAUGUUGACCUGUCGAAGUUGCCAGAGGAUCAAAAGGCCCAAGCGGAUCUAUUGAUACACACACUGCAUCACGGAAACAAGACGUUUGAAGAGAAGUUGGGUCUUGUCCUGGAUAUUCCGGUUCUUCGCGACCUCUAUGCCGAGGAUAUUGUCUUUAAUGACAACGGUGAAAUCGUUGCAUCACGAUGCUACAUGUACCUUCGGGAAUUUGACUUGGAUGACGUCCAAGGGCAAGUCAAUUUGUUGUUUGCGCAGAGAGCAAUUUCUGAGUCCCAACCCAUAAACCAGCUUCCCGAGAACCAGGCUGAAUGGGCUUUUUUCACGUUUGACACGUUCUAUACGUACUGGGAACUGUACGCUGUGGCCGUGGACGAGCUCAUUUUUACAACCAUAUCAGGUGUUGUAGCAGUGUGUGGCAUCGGCUUCAUCAUCAUACCCCACUGGACUGCGACAUUGUUUGUGGGCCCUUUGAUUAUCAUGCUGUACUUUGACCUUUUGGGAGUAAUGCAGUUUUGUGGAAUUGACAUCAAUGCUGUCACCUAUGUCACCAUUGUAAUCUCCAUUGGUUUGCUUGUCGAUUUCCUGAUGCAUAUACUGCUCCGCUACUAUGAAACCAAAGGACGAACGCGAGACGAAAAGGUCAGAGAAACCCUCGAGACAAUGGGUGCAUCUAUGAUGUUGGGAGGAUUUACAACAUGGCUGGGUGUCAUCCCAAUGGCGUUGUCCACAACUUCCAUCUUUAUGACAAUCUUUGUCGCUUUUCUCGGGAUGGUAUCGUUGGGACUUCUGAUUGGAUUGGCUCUCCUGCCUGCGCUCUUGUCAAUAUGGGGCCCCAUCGUUUCUGUCGAAGUGCACAAUUUGGGCAAGUCCAUAACCAAAGUGAAUGCCAUUCAUUCACUGCUUCCAGGAUCACGCUCCACCAGCAGCGCAGGCAGUAGCCCUCCCGUAAAAGCUCUUCUUGCAGCGAAGAAUCCAUACCGCUUGGUAGAACUCGACGAUGCUACAAAUGACAAGCCUUCGGUGCCAGCAAUUCUCCCGCACUCCCCCAGCUGGGGCGAUGAUGACACUCCCUCAAGCAAAGGCGCGGACAAAUUGCAAUCCACGCGCAAGCUACUGCUGCAGCCAAACUCAGCCUCCGAGGAUUCCAUCUUUGCAAGAAGCAAUGAUAGCGAUCCAAGUGAACAUCACCAUCCAACCGAGGAGGAGCCACAUCACGUUCCUAGGCCUCCCGGUACUGACUCGGACGAUCAUUCAUCGGAGAGGGCGGACGGCUUGGUUUUGUCCGAGUCCAAUCAUCUUGCUCCAUGCCCUCCCAGAGACCUAUCGGAUCAAUCCUCUAACAGUGUUCAGCGUAUAGUUGAUCCUGUGGACUCAGCAGUGAUGCCUUCGUCAUCGGUGAUGCCUUCGUCCUGCAGCAGUAUCCAGGAAUCCGCCAGUUGGGGAUCUGUUGAUUCAAGCUCGUCCUUGAUCAAGGUAGACACUACCGCAAACCACCACGGCAAUGAAGGCACAGCCAUGGCUUCAUGCUGCAGUAUCCAGGAAGCCCCCAGUUGGGGAUCUGAAGCCUCAACCUCGUCCUUGCUGAGAGAAAACCGUACAAUGGAAAACGCAACCUCUUCGGAAGAAGUCGACGACACUGUCACAGUUGGUUCUGACGACGAGAAACCAAGUGACAGCGACGACCACGAAAUUCAGAUUAAGAGUGCUAUCGCAGUGGCUUCAGGCUGCAGAAACCAGGAAACCCACUGUCCAUUUGGGGAGGACCAUGGCGCGUUCUUGAUUGAACGAAACCCUACGAUGGAAACUGCAAACUUUUCAGACAAUACUGUCACAGUUGGCUCUGAAGACGACCAAAACAGCCACACUCAUUCCAGCAACAGGGAGGAACUUGGUGACAUGCGUGAUUGAUGAUUGAUGGCAAGGUCUUUUCGUCUUCUCUCGUUUAAAGGCUGGUCCCAGCUCUUCGAACUUGCCAGCCUUCACUGCUGGCGUCCUCAAGGAAUCCGGUACCUCUUCGGGAGGGCAUCUAGCUAUGCCAACGACCGCAAAAUCGCAGCUCAAGAACACAUUUUUUAAAAGGAGAUGAAGAAAACACUCCUUGCAACUACCUAGCUACUAGCUAGCUACUUGCUAGCUAGCUAGUGAUACCGAUAUCAGAGAUGUUCAAGUUUCUGGGCGGUGUCCACUCGUGCGCAGAAUGAAGCCAGGUGUGCAAUUUGCAUUAAAAAACAAAAAUAGAAAUCAUAAUAUCCUUAAAAUAACCAAAAAAGUCUAAGAAGCAGUCAAAACUACAUAUAAUUGAGUAUUUUACGGAAAACAAAAGG